UUUAAGAAAACAAAAAACUUCCUAAGCAUCUUCUUCCUCGUACUCUCUCUCAUAGAGAGGAUGACGAUGGUGAUGUUCAUCAUAAACAACUAUUGCUUUUGAACAAAAACGUUCAACGAAAAAACACAAAACCAAAAAAAAAAAAAACGUUUGUACAUAAUUAAUUAAGUCAGAGAAAAAGAAGUGAAAAUGAACGAUUUAUUUUCUAAUUCAUUCAAGAGGAACCAAGCUCAACUGGGGGAUGUUGAGGCAGGUCAAGAAACGAUGAACCUCGACAAAUUCUUCGAGGAUGUCGAGAGUGUGAAGGAUGACAUGAAAGGAGUCGAGACUCUUUACAAGAAGCUUCAAGACGAGAACGAAGAGUGCAAGACGGUGCACAAUGCCAAGAAGGUGAAGGAGUUACGAGCUAAGAUGGAUGGAGACGUUGCUCUGGUCCUUAAAAGGGUCAAACUCAUUAAGCAGAAGCUUGAAGCCUUAGAGAAAGCUAAUGCUAACAGCCGUAAUGUCCCUGGUUGUGGGCCUGGUUCGUCAACGGAUAGGACUCGAUCGUCUGUGGUUAGCGGUCUUGGGAAGAAGCUUAAGGACUUGAUGGAUAGUUUCCAAGGUCUACGUGCUCGUAUGAACGCUGAGUAUAAGGAAACCGUAGAGCGCAGGUAUUUCACAAUAACUGGUGAAAAAGCGGAUGAGCAAACAAUUGAUAACUUGAUUGCAAGCGGUGAGAGCGAGAAUUUUCUCCAAAAAGCGAUUCAAGACCAAGGAAGAGGUCAAAUCCUAGACACAAUAUCUGAGAUCCAAGAGAGACAUGAUGCAGUGAAGGAGAUAGAAAAGAAUCUACUGGAGCUGCACCAAGUUUUCAUGGACAUGGCGGCUCUAGUGGAAGCUCAAGGGCAACAACUGAACAACAUAGAGAGCCAUGUUGCAAAAGCGAGCUCGUUUGUGAGAAGAGGGACUGAUCAGCUCCAAGACGCAAGGGAAUACCAAAAGAGCUCGAGGAAAUGGACUUGUUACGCCAUCAUCCUCUUUAUCAUCAUCUUUGUCCUCCUUCUCAUUCCCCUUCUACCUCACAUAAUGCUCUUGUUGAAGUGAAUUUGCAAAAGAUUUACACUUGAUUCUCAAAAUCAUCUCUUUGCUUGUUUUUCUCCUCUUUUUUUGUUUCCUUUUCAAUAUGGAACGGGGGAUAGUUAGAUUACGGUGAAACCAUGGAAAAAAAUUGUAGAGAUUUUUGAAAACCGGUUCGUUAUUAUUAUUGUAAAUCUUUUGACAUCCUAUAUUUUUGGGUAUAUAUCUCCAUUCUUAGUGUUUAUGUGACAAUGUUGUGUGAAUCAUUGAUGCUGAAUUGCUGAUAUGUUAGAGUGAAGCAUGUAUAUGCA